AUGAGUUUAGGUGAUGAAGGAAUACAAUAUGUGGCUGAUGGUUUACGAAAUAACACAACAUUGGUUGAAAUCAAUUUUUCAAAUACUUACUUAGAAUCCGAAUCAGUACGAAUUUUGGCUGAAGUUUUAGGAAAAAAUACCUCAUUGACCAUUCUCGAUCUCUCAGAGAAUAACAUUGAAGGUGACGGAAUUCAACAUCUGACACUCACUUAUUUGUGUCUUACAUCGAACCAGAUCGGAGAUGAAGGGGCAAAGCACUUGUGUGAUCUUAUACGAAAUACCAAGGCACUUACCACACUCAAAAUUAGUAACAAUGAUAUCGGAGAAGAAGGAAUUCGACACUUAGCUGAUGCUCUAAAAAAUAAUAAUACAAUCACAACACUCAACCUCGGUCUUAAUAAAAUCAAAGAUGAAGGAGCCGGACAUUUAGGUGCUGCUUUACGUGAUAAUAAAACACUCGAUAAUUUGGAUCUUGGAUCGAGUGAAAUCGAAGCUGAAGGAGCCCGACUUCUAGGCGAUGGAUUACGUAAUAAUAAGUCACUGACUAGUCUCAAGCUUUCCGGAAAUACCAUCAAAGACGACGGAGUUCAACAUUUGGUUAAUGCUUUAGAAAAUAACAUUAUACUCAAGGAUAUUGAUCUUGCAUGGACUGAAUUUGGAGAAGAUGGAACAAAAGCGAUUGAUGCUUAUAUGGAAAAGACAGGAUGUUCUGUUUUUAAGGGAUU